CUCUGAAACUGUCCAUAUCCUCCUUGAUAUUAUGAGCAUGCUUUGUCAUGAAGGCCAUGACAUUUCACAAGGAUGAACCUGCAGAUGGGCAAAGCUGCCCAUGGCCUGCCUGGAUAUGUUCACACUCACCACCACCACCUUAAAACUGAGGCAACUGAGUUCACCUUCUAGUAAGAUCAACUCUAUCUCUCUUUCCACUGCCUUGUUCUUCAGAACCAUGGAAGGAACUCAGGAUGAUCCUGGUUGGAAAGACUGGAGGUGGGAAGAGCGCUACAGGAAACACCAUUCUUGGCCGGAAGGCUUUUGAGUCCAUUGCGGCACCAAGGACGACCACGCUCAGAUGCCAACGAGAGACAGGGAGGUGGAGAGAUGUGGACCUUUCUGUGAUUGACACUCCAGACCUUUUCGACCCCUCCAGCUGGAUCCUGCUGCCGGAGAUCAGGCGUUGCAUUGAUCUCUCCAGGCCCGGCCCUCACGCCUUGGUGUUUGUGACCCAGGUGGGCCGCUUCACUGCCGAAGACAAGGUGGCAGCCAAUCAAGUCCAGGCUUUGUUUGGGGAAGGGGCCUCCAGGCACAUGGUCAUCCUCUUCACUCGCAAGGAGGAUUUAAUUGGAGAUACCUUGGAGGACUACGUGUGGGGCUCAGGCAAUCAGGCUCUCCAGGGGCUAUUUCGGAAGUGUGGGGCGCGCAUGUGUGCUUUCAAUAACAGGGCAUCUGGGGAGGAGCGGGAGACGCAGGUCUCUGAGCUGAUGGAGGUAGUCCAGCGAAUGGUGGAGGAGGAGGGAGGCAGGCAUUACUCCAAUAGGCUCUACAUGGAACCUGUCUUAACCGACGAAAAGAUCCACGCGUUCAUGGCAGAGAACAGAGGCGUCAGGCCAAAGCCAAGGGGAGGCUGGAAUUUGGAAAGGACGUGGCUGAAAAAAGGGCUGCUUGCUCUUGGUGGUUGUGCUUUGGUCAUUGGCGUGAUUAUAUUGACCAUUUAUUUGGCAAAAUGUAAUCAAUAG